GGGGGGGGGGUUGGAGAGAGAUAUGAGAUUCAUCUUUUACGUUUGGUGUCGGUGAGCAGACUUUGCCCACAGAGAAAGAAUCAGCAGCCAAGUUACUUGGCUCUGUACCUUUAGCGAACCGUGUAGAGCCAGGGUAAACUGAGAGCCUGGCUAUUUUUAGUUUGAUGCUCUGACAGAAAUGUGUGGGGGGAGAGAGAAAGCGAGAUGGGAGAGGGAGUGAGAGAGUGAGAAAGAUGGGGGGGGGGGGAAUAGGUGGCUGGACUGUGUGAUGGUUGCAAUUGUGACAGGAAAUAGCUGAAGUCUGGUCGUGGCAGCCGUCAAGUUUUGCUGAUUUAAAUGGAAUGUUUUUGGGGUUUAGAAACCGGACCCUUUAAGUCUCGCAGCAGGAACAUGAAGUAAAAUAAGGUCAAAGUGAAGGCAUCUGACUCGUUACUCGAUGGCUUAAUCUGCUCGGAGGAUCCAGUCACCAGUCGCAGGCUUUUUUUUUCUGCAAUUUGCACUGAAAACCAGAUGCUGCCUCGAUCGACCCAGCCAUCACAUCAUGUCUCGGGGUUUGUGCAGCCGUGCCUCGUGUUAAAGCCUGAGGGGCAGAGGAGAGAGAGAGAGAGACAGAUUGAAGUACCAAGAGUGGUUCCCAGUGUGUAGGUCGCUGUGGCUUUGCUCUGCGAUGCUUCCGAACCUCUUGCCAAAACCUUCUCUACUUCUCUCAUAUUGAAUAAUGGAUACAGUGGGUCCAAAGCAUGGAUGGUGAGAUAGAUAUUUACAGGCACUUCACUUGGCUUAAAAGGGGUAAUCGCCGUGCCACAGUGAACAAUGAAAGCUAUCAAGACCGACUGACGCGGUUGGAAAGUGACAAGGAGUCUCUCGUGCUACAGGUGAGCGUUCUGACAGAUCAGGUGGAAGCGCAGGGAGAGAAGAUCAGGGACCUGGAGGCCUGUCUGGAGGAACACCAGCUAAAGCUGAACUCAACUGAGGAAAUGCUACAGCAGGAGUUGAUUAGCAGAACGGCACUUGAGAGCCAGAAACUGGACCUAAUGGCAGAAGUCUCCAACCUUAAGAUUAAGUUGGCGGGGAUCGAGAAAGAUCAAGAGGAAUGUGAAGAGAAAAGUCUGAAGAAUGAGGGUUUGCUUCUGGAGUUACGCAGCUUGAAGUGCAAAGUGGAAGAACUGGAGAACGAAAAAAAUCAAUACGAGAAGAAACUGAAAACAACUAAGGCUGAAAUCACAGAGCUCCAGGAGCAGCUGCUCAGUAAAGAUAUGGAAAUUGAACGACUACAGAGCCAGCUGUCUUCAAGAGCUUCCGUACAGAGUGACGGGUCCGACAGAGAGGACAUGUAUAGGAGAAAGCUGAAAGAAAAACAUCAAGAGGUUCAAAGAUUAAAGGUCGGAUUGGAUUCCUUGCUAGCUGCAAACGAAGAAAAGGACCGACGGAUAGAGGAGUUGAGUCGAUUGCUGAACCAGUACAAAAUGAUGAAGCAGAUGGUGCUAAUGGCUCAAGGCCCUUCUGAUAGAAGACCAUUAGGAAGCAGUGAAGAGGAGCUGAGUAUGUGCUCAAUGGUUCGAUCGCCCACCAAUACUACACACUCGGAAGCAGCGAGAUCAGAGAUCUCGCCUCCCAUUCCCUCACCAUCUGUAGACAGACUGACGUCACCGGUCGAAUUUGAAACGAGAAACGUCCAACUUGAUCCUGAAAAGAACCUUUCUCCAUAUGGAGACAAACCUUCAAACAGACACUGGUUACAGCAGAGACAAAUGUCAUCCAGUCUGGAGGAAUUAACAAGUGAGAGGGUUGAAAAGGAUUCAGCCUGGGAAUCAAAAGAACCCAUACAGACAGAGAGCAAAGCUUACCUGGACAACAACAAGUACCAAACCUUACCAGGAAAGCUCUCACAGUCUAACCACCACAGAGAUGCUGAACACAGUCUGCAGAGACACUUGGCAUCUCCUGUGCAGAAUACAAUGACAGCUGUGACCGAGGACUGGGACAACAGCAUUCCUAACCUCAGAGAGACUGAGCGCAGUGUUGACUCCACGUUUAGUUCACCUGAACUGUCACCAAUGUCCACGACGACCGAGACAGAUCAUUUCCCGGCAGCUUUACCAGAAAACAGGAAGAAUACUAAAGGUCUGAAGAAGUUCCUGGGAAAAAUCAGGAGAACUCAUUCGUCUACACUUGCUGAGGAGGAAGAGGGACCCACAGAGUUCAGGAGAGGUGGGCUUCGAGCCACCGCUGGGCCCUGCCUGGCACGAUCUACAGACACCUCGGGUUACAAAGGUGACCCUAAAGUGCCCUUUGCCCAGUGGACCACUGAGCAGGUGUGCAGUUGGCUACAGGACUGUGGGCUUGGCCAGUAUGCCGCCCUGGCCAGGCAGUGGGUCACCUCUGGACAGACCCUGUUAUCGGCAACGCCUCAGGAACUGGAGAAGGAGUUGGGAAUCAAACACUCACUACAUAGGAAGAAGAUCCAGCUGGUCCAGAAGACAAUUGGUACCAAACAGGACGAGAACCCAGGAAAGCUGGACCACAUCUGGGUAACGCGCUGGCUGGAUGACAUUGGCUUACCUCAAUACAAGGACCAGUUCAAUGAAGCCCGAGUGGAUGGACGGAUGCUCCAGUAUCUAACUGUGAACGACCUCUUGUUUUUGAAAGUCACCAGUCAGCUCCAUCACCUGAGCAUCAAGUGUGCCAUCCACGUACUGCACGUCAACAAGUUCAACCCCAACUGUCUGAGGCGCAGGCCUGCUGACGAGAGCAAAGUCUCCCCUUCCGAUGUGGCCCAGUGGUCAAACCACCGGGUAAUGGAGUGGCUACGGUCAGUGGAUCUAGCUGAGUACGCCCCUAACCUUCGGGGGAGUGGGGUACAUGGAGGACUUGCUGUAUUAGAGCCUCGCUUUAAUUCCGAAACCUUGGCUCUGCUCCUGAAUAUCCCCCCUCAGAAAACCUUGUUGCGUCGCCACCUCACCACUCACUUUAACCUGUUAAUUGGACCAGAAGCUCAGCAUGAAAAGAGGGAGAUACUGGAGUCGAGCAGUUACACACCACUGAACACCACAGCCAAAGUCAGGCCAAAGAAACUUGGGUUUUCACAUUUCGGAAAUCUAAGAAAAAAGAAGCUGGAUGAGUGCACGGAUUAUAUUUGUCCCUUGGACACGAUUCACGUGACAUCGAACGGUUCUCAGAAGAGCUACGCGGGGUACAGAGGCAAAAAGGCUGUAGUGGACAGAGAGCUGAACAAGCUGGAGCAGAUGGAGGAUUCGGAGAGGGCAGUGCAGCAGAUUGGAGCUUUGUCAGAGAGUAUCAACAAUCUAACUAGCCGGUUGACUCGAGAUGACCUAUUGAAGGAUUAUUGGCUCAAAUCACUGUCUACGACUGAAGGCAACAUGUGGCAUUAACCCAUUUGUCCAGGACUCAUUGCUUGCACCUCUGCUCUCUGGCUUCUCCAACAAAUGCAGUAACAAUGCAGGAGCUUUGCAAAGUGAAGAUAGGCUCCAAGGGAAAUCCUGCAAACACACAGUCACUUCAUUUCACAGUCGGAAAUCCUGUGAAGCGCUCUGAGAUGUUCCGACGACGUGAUGAGACAGCUAUGUUUGAUGCGAGGAUUAUUUUUAUUCUUAUUAACAUUUAUUUAAAGAGUAAACCUUUCAAUGACUCUUUCGUACUGAUUGCACAUUAAUCCAUACAAAAAAAAGCUGUUGUUUUCUUGUCCAUCUGUGAUCGUGGAGCUCAGUAAUUGAUUAAGAGUUUGUUUUUAAUAUGUUGUGUACAAAAUCUAAUGUCAUUCUAUUGCUGGUAAUUUCCGUUCCAAAGCAGAAAAAUGUCUAAGUGACCUCAAGGUUGGAAACAAUUAUUAUUUCUUGGAGAUUUUUAUAAAUGGAUUCCUAUGGUUUUACCCAAAGCGAAUUCUGUUUAAACUAAAGAUGCCAUAAAGACCCACAUUCUUUCUGAGAUGCGUCACCAUAGAAACAUUUUUCGGUAUUGAUUUCUUGUUCUUAGGCUUUUUUUAAAUUGUGUCUGCCACCAACAUUAAACUAGCUGCACUGUGUGUUUUUUCUUCAGUGUUAAAACAUCAGAGCCUUGCCCUGAUCGGACAG